UGCUGAUUUUGUCACAGAGAUCUGGCAACCCUUCUCAAGCCCUCUGGUGGCUAGCGGCCUUUUCGGAGGAAACAAAGAAGAAUUUGAGUUCCACAUUAUGGACAUAGGUGUCACUCCUUAAUCCAAACUCCAAUCACAAUGUCAAAACGGCCAUCUUAUGCUCCUCCCCCUCCUCCUGCUCCAACAACCCAAAUGCCUUCCACCCCAGGGUUUGUGGGCUACAACCCUUACAGCCAUCUGGCCUACAACAACCUCCGGCUGGGAGGGAGCUCCGGAGGCUCCAGCAGGAACUCCUCAGGCAUCACUGUCCCAAAGCCUCCCAAACCUCCAGACAAGCCACUGAUGCCUUACAUGCGGUACAGCCGGAAGGUAAGCAGGAAGGUAUGGGACCAAGUGAAGGCAUCCAACCCGGACCUGAAGCUGUGGGAGAUUGGAAAGAUUAUUGGAGGGAUGUGGAGGGAUCUGACCGAUGAAGAGAAACAGGACUACCUGAAUGAAUAUGAAGCGGAAAAGAUCGAGUAUAAUGAUUCUCUGAAGGCCUACCACAACUCACCAGCUUACCUGGCAUACGUUAACGCAAAGAAUCGGGCUGAGGCUGCGAUGGAGGAGGAGAGCCGGCAACGCCAGAGUCGACUGGACAAAGGAGAGCCGUACAUGAGUAUUCAGCCAGCUGAAGACCCUGACGACUACGAUGACGGUUUUUCAGUGAAGCACACGGCAGCAGCUCGCUUUCAGCGCAACCACCGGCUCAUCAGUGACAUCCUGAGUGAGAUUGUGGUGCCUGACGUUCGCUCUGUGGUCACCACAGCUCGCAUGCAGGUCCUAAAGCGGCAGGUCCAGUCGCUGAUGGUGCACCAGAGGAAGCUGGAAGCAGAACUUUUGCAGAUUGAAGAUCGCCAUCAAGACAAGAAAAGACGUUUCCUGGAGACAACUGACUCAUUUAACACUGAACUUAAGCGGCUGUGCAGUCAGAAGGUUGAGGUUGACAUGGAGAAACUAGCAGCAGAGAUGGCGGCCGCUGAGGAGGUAGCGAGGCGCCGGGCAGAGGAGAGGGAGCGUGAGGCUGCUGAGCAGGCGGAGAAAGCUGCUCAGCAGGCUCACCAGCAACAAGAAGCUGCUGCCAACAACGGCCUAGAGCAGAGCAGCGCCAGUGCUAAGAGUGCAGCGAACUCCAGCUCAGGGACUAAAGAUGAUACACCAAUGGAGACUGAUGAGGCAGCGUCUUCCGAGUCCUGCUCAGACUCCCAGCAUCCACCUGGUCUCCAGUCUUCUGCCCCUGAUCACCCCGCCCUUCCCACAGAGCCUCCCAGGGAGAGCAAAAGUGCCUCCAGCGAAGAUGGCAGCAUGCCUCCUUCAUCGUCAGACGGCACCCCGGGAGCAACAACCCCAGACCCGCCAGAGGGCCAGGAAGGCAACCUAGCCAUGGCCCCCGAACCAACGCCUCCCCCACCCUCAGAACCAGCCCCUCCACCGCCACCACUGCUCUCCUCCAGCCAGACCAACCAAUCAUAUGAUAUGUAAUAAAUCUCCACUCUGGGUUUGUUAGCCCCCGUGACGGCUAAACUCAGCCGUAAAGCCGCAGGUCUGCCGGUUCCUCUUCUCGGCAGGUAAAGUCAGACCCAUAUGUUGACAAUGUUAAAUACACAGGAAUAAAAAGAAGUGCUGAAUAAUUGAGGGUAUUUUAGUGGAUUAAGUGGGAUUCAUAUGUAGAUUUUGAGUGGUGAAACUAGAAUUUAACCCGAUCUGUUCUAAGAUUCACUUGUAGAGACACUCGAGUGCAAAACAGUCUUCACUUUCCUACAUUUCAGCCCCGUAUAGUCUUGUAACAGUGCAAAUGAUGCUGGUUGGCACCAAGUCAGAUAUGAAGGAGUGCACGUUUACAUUUCCUCUAAAUGUAUUUAGCAUGCCAUGUGAAUGCACUAAUUGAAAUAUUGUUAAUGAAUACAAGAUUUGAUCCGAUUGUCUUUGUGGUUCAGGUACUGCUUGAAACAAGGCUGUUUUUCCACAAAUGUCACUCGUUGGGUUUUUGUUGGAGGACUGGACAAAAACGGCGAGAUUAGCAUUCUGCCUGUCCAUUUACCUGGAAUCUGAUUCGCAGUCUACCUUUAACAUCUGCUGGAAUAAAAAAAAAAAAGUUCUGUUGGCUUGCUGUGAGGCAGGUCAAGGGCAGCAGCUGACACUGCAGGGUGACUUUUCUGUUCCGCUAUAAAAGCUAAAUGGUCUCGGCUGCUGGUUUCACCAGCUGUUUGUGUUAAUAGGCAUGCUAACUACUGAUUUCAUAUACACACUAAAAUGAAACCCAAUUUGUAGGUGUGGCGCUGAUGGAUUUGGCUUCACCAUUUUAUCAAACAUUUCUUAUAAAUUCUUUAUUAACCACUGUAUUUUUGUGAAGGGAGGGUAACUGUUUUAUUUCACAUUUCGCACCUGAUGUUUUCCACUGAUAAACAGGCACAGAAAGACCUCAACCUUUUUUUUUCUUUUU